AUGGAAGAACUGACAGAAUCUGCACGCCAGUGUUUGGUGUCGCAGGGUAUCAUCAUAGGAACACUUUCCGUUUUAAAUUCCUUAUGUAUUUUUUUAAAAGGUGUUGUUGUGAUAACUCGAGCGAACGACCUUCUUCAUUUUACUUCUCUCACAUAUUUAGCAAUUUUAGAAAUAGUUUGUGGUGUAGGAACUCUAGUGACAGUAACUUAUGUCUGGUGGAUAAUUGCCGGCUACAGAAACAGACAGUUAGAAAUACGAUCAAAAUAUUUAGAUGAAAGUUUAUCAAAAGGACUAGUUGCUCUUAUUUUACCUAUAUUCGUCGGUUUUUCUGCGUUCAUCGUAAGUGCUGUUUUCAUGCUACUCAAGACUGAGACCAGCAGCACGUACGAUUUAAAAAGUGCCAUGGCGUCUUAUUCGACCGACGUAACAAGAAAAAUGAUAUUAGAUAAAUUACAAAUGCUUUUAGAAUGUUGCGGAAGUCAAUCACUUUUAGAUUGGUUUAUGGUCGAUUGGCAAAAUUCUGACGUCGAACCUGGAAGACAUUUGGGAAAUUUUUCGUAUUCCGAUUGGGAUUCCGUACCUUUUAGUUGCUGUUGUCCUGAUGCUCCACCUCCUUGCAUACACCAUCAAUUGAGAAUAUUCGGAGUAGGUUCGAUAUAUUCAUCUGGAUGUGCUGAUAAAUUAGACGAAGUCGUUUUUUUAUUUGUUACUGUUGCCAUGAUUAUGUUAUUCACAUCAACUUUGUUAAUGAUUUUAUUAUUGUAUAUAUCAAGAAAACUUCAAACGUCAGCGAGAUCAGCAUUUCAAAAAGGUGAUUCUACAGCUCCCGGAGUUUGGUGGAUAAUAGCACCCGCAAAUUGUACUACUGGUGGUGGUGGUGCUGCCGGUGCCUCAAGGGAAGCAUCCGAUCAAACUCCUUUGUUAGACAGAAUGAGAAAUUCAAAAAUAUUAAAUAGUCGCGAAUCCGUUUUACCGGAACAAGAUUACUGGUAUAAACAAAGUAAAGUUAUCAUGAGUCCAGUCGUCGUGUCUCAAAAUAGGAAACAUUUUAAAAAUGUAGAAAGCGAUGGGGGCAACACUUUUGUAAGCGAUAAAAAAUUUCGUCGGGGCGGUGCAGAAUCAAGCGAAGGAUGGACAAGGAGAGCAUACGACGCAUCCGGUUCGACUUCAACCACGUCAUUUAUGACAACGUCACUUCCUGUUAAUUCGACGCCGGGUAAAUAUUUCAAAGGAUAA